AUGAACGGUUCCACCAUAAAGUGGUACCUGCGGUACCUCCGUGAUGGGAAGACCCCGGGGGUGGCGGAGGCACUAGCCAGGAAUAAGUGCAAAGGGAGCAGAGCAUCCCCGGCGAAGGAGCACAAAGAAGUGUCGGUUCGCGCGCAGAGCAGCGGAAUCGGCGACCGUGGCCCGGUCAGCACCACCUUGACCGCAAGGCGUGGCGACAGCAGGACACUGCCCGCGGACACGUAUGCCCAAGCCGCAAAACGGAAGAGCGGCCAAAUUACGCCACAGGAGCCCCCCAGAUUCAAAAGGUUGAGGGGCACAAGCCCAAAGGCAGCCGGAGACCAACAGUCUGGACCGGCUCCGCACCGGGUGGAGAAGGGGCGGCGCAGAUAUGCGGACGCUGUCAAAGGCAUUCGCAUGGCUGUGCUGCCUCUUAACUACCCGGCGAAGUCGUUGAAACCGGAGAAGCUCACUGUGCUUCAGGACCUCCUCAUGGAGGAGGUGUUUAGAGGGGAGGAUUACGCGGCGUCCUUCCUGGGAAUAGAGUUUAAAGGAGGAAUGCUGCAGGUGGAUUGUAUGGACGAGGAGUCCGCUGACUGGCUGAAGGAGUAUGCUCCAAAGCUGGGAGGCUGGAAGGGCCCUGUCCUCUGCGCGAAGAGGGCGGAAGAUUUGCCAAUCAUGCAUAGCAUGCCGAUGUUCCUCCCUCGGUGCGGGGACCCACCUUGGGUCUGGUGA